UUUUUUCUUAAUCUGUUUUGCAGGGUAUGAGUUAGUGUUCUAUGACAGAGCCAAAAUGUCGGAUGACAUCAAGAAGCGGUUUGAAUUCCCUAAUGCAGUUAUUCAAUCACAGGCAGUAGGCCAUCUGAUUGCUGCAGUACUGAAAGAAAAUGCUUCUUCAGAGAAGAUCAUGCAGGCCUCUCACCAGACUCCUGCUCUGAACUUACUCUGGGAGAAGUGCUGCAGUGAGAAUGUUGCCUUGAGAACAGCUUGCUCUGAGGGUUUGGUGGCGCUUGUUGCAGAGAACCAUGCCGAGCUCAGCUAUGUUCUUCAUGGAGCUGUCAACCUAAUUCCCUCAGCAAGGUAG